CCGACCCCUCCUGCCCACCGGUCUGGACACCUCCAGCCACCCCUCCCCUUAUUUCUCCUUUGAUCUCUCCGGGUCCACGGCUCCCUCCCACCCUUCAAUAGGCUCCGCCCCUUCCCGGUCCAGGCCCCGCCCACCGGGCGGUGCUGUUAUCCCAGAGCCUACGAGAAAGGGUUGGCAUCGCAAUAGGCCCCGCCCCCACGGGUUGAUUUGUCCCCGUGCCAGGACCUUGAGAAGGUUGCACAUCUAUUAGCUGACGACAUCUGAAAGGCAGCGAACGGAGGGGGACGUCCACUGGCGCUCGCGCCUUGCCUUCUGGGAGUUGUAGUCUCAGACGCCCCGUUCCUGGGGUGGCGCCGUUCGGACUCCGCGUCCCAGCAUCCUCUGCGCGAACUCAGGAGCACUUCCGCCCUGUUGUGAAGUGGGUGUCUCGGUGGAGCCUUGGGGGAGCAGUCCUUGCCUCAGGAACCCCAUGGAGGACGCCCUAUAGAUGCAGGAAGCCAAAGACAGCCCAGCUGAAGUGAGGCGUCCAGGCUAGACCAUGGCUGUGGUCUUGGACUCUUGGGCCCAAGCCUCUCCCCCUCCAGAACCUGAAGACUUCCUGAUUGUAAAACUGGAGGAGGACUCAUGGGGAUCAGAAUCCAAACCCCUGGAGAACCACCAUGACCCUGUCCCUGGGCCCGAGGCCUCCCGCCAGCGUUUCAGGCAGUUUCAGUACAGGGAUGCGGCUGGACCGCACGAGGCCUUCAGCCAGCUCUGGGCUCUCUGCUGUCAUUGGCUGAGGCCGGAGAUCCGCCUCAAAGAACAGAUCCUGGAGCUGCUGGUGCUGGAGCAGUUCCUGACUAUCCUGCCCAAGGAGGUCCAGACCUGGGUGCAGGCGCGCCACCCUGAGAGUGGGGAGGAAGCAGUAGCCCUGGUGGAGGAUUGGCACCGCGAGGCCCAGGCCGCGGGACAACAGGAAGUGGAACUGUGUGCAAAAGAGGCCAAGUCCUUAAAGGCAGUGGAAGAAUCUCAGUGCUUCCAGCUACAAGCAGUAGAUCACUGGCCUGAGGAACAGUCCCAGAAGCAGUGGGUGAAGGAUCCAUGUUCUGAUCUUCCCAAGCAUCUAGAUGCUAAGGUGGCACCACAGCCCUUGAAAGAGAGUGCUGUCCUCACUCCCCGAGUCCCUGCUGUCCCCAAGAUGGGGAGUGUUGGAGAUUGGGAGGUGGCAGUUGAGUCGCAGGAAGCCCUGGGCCCUGGCAAACCAGCAGAGACGGAGUUCUGCAAUGACCCCCUGGGAGAUGACUGCGGGGACCGUGUGUGCCUGGGAGUUCCAGUUGCAAAACCAAGUGUCACCUCUCAGCAAGAGCAAGGACCAGAGUUUUGGGGCUUAAGCCCUGUAAAUUCUAGGGAAAGGAACGCUACAGAUUAUAGCCUGGAUAAUGAGCAAACAGAAGCAGCCCCAGCAUUGUCCUGGAAGGACUCUAGGGCAUGGGAGGAACAAUGCCAGUGGGAUGUGGAGGACACGAAGGUGUCAGGUGUGCACUGGGGCUACGAGGAGACCAAGACCUUCCUGGCAAUUCUCAGUGAGUCGCCUUUCUCUGAGAAGCUCCGCACCUGCCACCAGAACCGCCAGGUGUACCGGGCCAUCGCAGAGCGGCUACGGGCUCGGGGCUUCCUGCGGACACUGGAGCAGUGUCGCUACAGGGUCAAAAACCUCCUACGGAACUACCGGAAAGCCAAGAGCAGCCAACCCCCAGGGACCUGCCCCUUCUAUGAGGAGCUGGAGGCCUUGAUGAGGUCUCGGAUGACCGUCAGAGCCACAGACAGCCCAGGAGAGGCCAUGGCACUCCCCAGGUUGGGGGACAGUGACGCCGAGAUGGAUGAGCAGGAGGAAGGGGGCUGGGAGCCUGAGGAAACAGCAGAAUGCUGUAACGGUGCCGGCCUGGCCACCGAGGAGUCUACCCAGGGACACAAGAUUGCAGGGGGCUCUAAUCUGCUCCAGAGUCGAAUUGCAGGUGUGCACUGGGGCUACGAGGAGACCAAGACCUUCCUGGCAAUUCUCAGUGAGUCGCCUUUCUCUGAGAAGCUCCGCACCUGCCACCAGAACAGCCAGGUGUACCGGGCCAUCGCAGAGCGGCUGUGUGCGCUGGGCUUCCUGCGGACACUGGAGCAGUGUCGCUACAGGUUCAAAAACCUCCUUCGAAGCUACCGGAAAGCCAAGAGCACCCAUCCCCCGGGGACCUGCGCCUUCUAUGAAGAGCUGGACUCACUGAUGAGGGCUCGGACUGCAGUCAGGGCCCUGACCACUGUUAGGGAGGCCCCAGGGCUCCCGUGGUCUGGGCAGAGCAGUACUGAGACCUGGGCUGAGACGGCAGGCGAAGAUGCCAUCAAACCCGGAACUCCAGACACAGGCUUUGAGAUGAGGUGUGAGGACGGAGAUCAGACUUCAGAGCAGGACGCUGUGGAGGAGCUGCCUGGACAUUUAUCAGAAUGGACUCCAGAUGCGAUUUGCCAAGCUGGUGACUGGGGGGAUGACAGUGACAAUGAAAACAAUGGCGAAGGGGCGUGGGAAGACCCCCCAGAGGAACAGUGGGAGGAGUGUUCUUCUGAAGAGGACUUAGAAAAACUCAUCGACCAUCAGGGUCUGUACCUUGCAGAGAAACCCUACAAGUGCAACUCCUGCGUGCGGAGCUUCAGCCAGAGCUCCCCCUUCCUGGCUCACCAGCAGAAGCACACAGAGGAGAAGGCCUACGCAUGCGGGGAGUGUGGGAAAGGCUUUCGUCACGGCUCCCACUGCAGUGCCCAUCCAAGACUCCGCGCUGGGGAGCAGCCCUACAGAUGCCUUGAAUGUGAGAAAAGCUUCAGUGACCACUCCAGUCUCAUUGCCCAUCAGAAAACGCACAUAGGAGAAAAGCCCUAUAAGUGUGGGGAAUGCUGGGAAAGCUUUAACAAGAGCUCGAACCUUCUGAAACAUCAGAGGAUCCACGGGGGAGGGAACCUGGACCCACGUGGUGAGCCUGGGGAGAACUUGGGUGGAAAUCCAUCUUGUAGCCCCCGCCGGAGGAGAGCCGCGGGGGAGACGGCCCCCGAAGAGCCUCCGCGUGUCAGGAAGAACCUGCGUGCUUCCGGGCUGCACGGCGCCAACUCAGGGGAGAAACUCUAUCAGUGUCCGGAAUGCGGAAGAAGCUUCUCCAAGAGUUCUGCCCUCAUCAGUCACCAAAGAAUCCACACAGGGGAGAAGCCCUUCGAAUGUGGCGAGUGUGGGAAAAGCUUCAGUAAGAGCUCCACUCUGGCCAACCACCAGCGGACCCACACUGGGGAGAAGCCGCACCAGUGUGCGGACUGCGGCAAGUGCUUCAGCGAGCGCUCCAAGCUCAUCACACACCAGCGAGUGCACACAGGGGAGAAGCCCUACAAGUGCCCCGAGUGUGGGAAGUUCUUCCGCGACCGUUCUAACCUCAUUACCCACCAGCGGAUCCACACGGGAGAGAAGCCCUAUCAGUGUCGUGAGUGUGGGAAAUGCUUCAACCAGAGCUCCAGCCUGAUCAUCCACCAGAGAAUCCACACUGGGGAGAAGCCCUACAAGUGUACGGAGUGCGGCAAAGACUUCAACAACAGCUCUCACUUCAGCGCCCACCGCAGAACCCACACAGGGAGGAAGGAGUCCUAGGAGGCCCUCCCCCAGCUCCGAAGGCCAUCAGCGUCUGUUUACGUCUCCCAAGAGCAUAAGACACAUGCUAGAAAGAACCCUUCCUGUUUGUAAGCUUGGUGUAUGCCCAGGGAGGUUCUCUUGGUGUAAUCCAGGUAAUUUGGCAGCGAAUUCAAACACUAAGGAUCCAUAUUUGAAGGCACUUUCCUCAAGUGUCGUUUGUUUUCCUCCUGUGAAAAGCGCCACACCACACAAUCCUCAGGCUGUCCUUGUAUUUGCUGUGAGAGCUUUAGCAGUAUUUGAGCCUAACUGCUCAAGUAGAGGAUCAGGGUUAAACAGUGACCCCAGCACCGAGUUAGGCAGGGAUUACCAACUCUUGCUUUGCCGUGAGUGUCCCUGUGCAACACCCCUCAUCCACAGUGGCUUUCAUACGUGGUGGUUUGCAUUUGGGGCAUGUCCUCCCAGAGAACUUUGAGACCUGCUGGGGAGAAAGGGGCACAAUUGCACAUCGAUGGCUGAGAACAGUCCACCGUGAGCUCGGCAAAGUGUAGGAACAAUCGUGACCCUGUUACAAAACCAUUAAGAACAGUGAAAACAGCCAGUGUUUACUAAGCAUCUGCUUUUUGGCAGGUUCUGGCUAAGCACUUUAUAUACAUCAUCUCAUUUAGUCCCCACAGCAGCCCCAGGCUAGCUCCUGAUGUUUUCCCCAUUCCCCAAGGGAGAAAACUGAGGCCAGGGGGAGCUAAGAAACUUGUGAAGGUCACUCAUCUGAGCGGGGGCGCAGCAGGAGUCCGGCAGGCCUGGCUGUCUCUAGAGUGACGAGCUGUUUGUGUAGGGCGGGGGACUCGGGUGCCAGGGCCUCCAAUGCUUGGUGAAUCACACCUGUUACUCCCUGGAUUCUCCUUUGAACAAAUGUGGAGAUCCUCUAACGAUGAAAGACGUUCAGCACUAGGGAGGUGGGAUGAGCAAAGCUGAGCCCUUACCAGAGCACUUGUGAGUUUCCACCUCUGCGGUGCCAUGGGCGAAGAGAUACAGGUGGCCGAGGUUGGGAACACCACGUAGCCCAAGUGAUGUUGCAGUGGGAUUCUACGUUGGCUGAGCCAGUGGGGCUUAGAGUUUGCCCUUUCUCAGGGAUCAGUCGUGCUUCUUGUGAGACCAAGGUUACACUUCCGGAGUCCUGGGGCCUUUCACCACUCCUCACAGCCCUGUGCUUCUGCUUCUCUUUGGUGUGGCGGGAGCUCUAUUCCUGACCCCCAUGCCAAGACUGGGGUAGAAGGAGUCGGUGAGUGUGGUUCUCGACUGGCAGAGGACUUUGAACACUGUCCACGUUCCAGGUUCUGGUACCAUUUUAUCCUGAGUCUGCUUGUCCCAGGUCCACCCAGUGCUUUCUGCAUAUUGAUCAUUCAGACCUACCUCCCACGUGGACAGGCUAAGUCAGAAAGGCUUUGGGCUCCAGAGAUUCUCCUUGCAAGGGGUUUCAUUGGGUUGUAAAGGAAAAUCGCCCUCCUGACAUCCCCCAUGACCUUGAGGUGCCCUUCACGCCUGGGUUAUUUUAUGGUCUUGGGAAGUCCUUCCUGAAAAUGGAUGACUGGAAGGUUGGGGCUUUGUGUUCACAUGUGAGGAAGUCAGAGGAGCGGCAGGGCACUCCACAGGUCACUCCGUAGCCCUUCCUGUGCUUCAGGACCUGCCUUCCUGAGGUCCAGCCCAUCUGGGACCACCAUCUGUCAGCUGCUUCCCAACACACCCUUCCUGGUUCACGUUAUCUCACGGGCAGGGGUCAUGGGAUAAGUACCUACAAGGAAGUAGUAGUGAGAGAGGAAGUGUCAGGAACUGCAAGAGUAGGUGAGAUCAGAGAGGAAGGGUCCCUGCAGUGGGCAGGUGUCAUGGUGUGAAAGCAAGGAUUCAGGGUGGGGCUUGGGGCCAUGAGAUGAGCACUAUUGAUAUGUAAAAUGGGGGUGGGGUGUAGUGGGAGCUGCCGUUGGAGGAGUUCUUGGGACAGGGUCUUGUAGGACCUUGUGUAUGAGUGGAGCUUGGGCUCCAGGCUCAGGCUGACAUGUUCUGGUAUGCAUUGUCAAAAGCCAUCAGCCAGCCGGCGCCAUGGCUCACUAGGCUAAUCCUCUGUCUGUGGCGCCAGCCCCCGGGUUCUAGUCCUGGUUGAGGCGCCGGAUUCUGUCCCGGUUGCUCCUCUUCCAGUCCAGCUCUCUGCUGUGGCCCGGGAGUGCAGUGGAGGGUGGCCCAAGUGGUUGGGCCCUGUACCCGCAUGGGAGACCAGGAGGAAGCACCUGGCUCCUGGCUUCAGAUCGGCACAGCGCGCCGGCCGUAGCGGCCAUUUGGGGAGUGAACCAACGGAAGAAAGACCUUUCUCUCUCUCUCAGUGUCUAACUCUGCCUGUUUAAAAAAAAAAAAAAAAAGCCGUCAGCCUAAUGGAACUUACUGUUAGGGUGGCCUGUUGGGAUACUUAGGAAUAUUCCAGUUAGGAGUGAGGAUCUGGCCUGGAGUAGCGACAGUGAAGGCAGAUGCCUUGGGUGACUGGAGAACCUGUGUCAUUCAGAACUGAGUGUGCGAGGUGCAGAUGGGGCAGGUGGGCAGGAGGCCACACAUCUAGUUUGGGCCAUUUGGAAUGUCAGGUGACCAGAGGACAGUUGGUGUUGCUGUGCAUGUGGCUGUCUGGGCCUAAAGUAAGGGGGGAGGAUAGGACUAGAGAGUUUCCUAUGAUAAUGGUAGUUAAACCCAGGAAAGGGGGAUUAUGUUCCACAUCAAAGAAGUGUUGGGCCUGAGACAGAACUUGAUGGGGAGGAAGGUACCCCUCAAAGUAUACUCCCCACACCUGCCACAUCCUUCCAACUCCUGCCAUUCUGGGGACACUGCCCCGCUUUCUGCUGACUCCUGAAUUCUCCAUGAAUUUUCUGGAAUGUUCACUGUAGAAGGCAAGCUGAGCUGUGGGUGGAAGUGAGUUGGUAGCCCUCUCCCCCUUGAGUGUCACCCUUCCCCCUGCUCUUGGUGCCAGUCUCAUGUUUUCAGUGAACACUUUUGGUGUUUGUAUUGUCUACUGUUCCUUUCUCCUAACUCUUAGCCAUAGGGUCAGCCAUGAAGGCAAGGGCAGUGUGGGCCAAGAGGGAAAGCUGAGGCCAGUGGUCCCUCCCCAGCCACCUGACUCUUCCUUUGCAAGGACUCCGUCAGGGAGUGUCAGUGUUCGGGGCCUGGGCCUUCACCUUGCUGGGUCACCCAGGCCUCCUCCAGCAGAUCCGUGCUGUUCCAGCCAGGCAUCUCGUGUCACACACCCUGGGCAUUGCUCACGCGAGUCUGUGGGAAGGAGAUUCACACUGCAGAGCCCAGUUCCUCAACUCACACAGCCACAAGGUCAGACUCUGGUUCCAGAAGCCAAGGCUGUGCGUGCUGUCCUGGGAGGGUGUUCUGUGUGAGCUGCCACAGGCAGGGCCGCCUCUCCAGGUGGCUGCAGCCCCUUCCCUGAUUUCUGUCCUUUCCACUCCAAGAAGGGCUUUGGCUCCUCUGAAGUGACCCCAAGGCUCCUCCAGGCAUCUGACUCCACAAACCCCUCAGGAGGCAGUGGACCCAAAGGCAGGGGCAGGGAAGGUGGCACAGGGCGGCACUGGAUGCCUAGAUUGUUCUUGGGCCUUGGCGUCAUCACUGAACUCAUGGUUAUGGCCCCUCUGCCUUGCCCCUCCCAUAUGUAGCAGUGUGAAGUAACCGAGGUCCCCCUGCUGAAAGGUAGGACCCCUGGGUAGCACCUUUCCCUUGGGCCACAGAGGAGAGUGGAGGGGGAGAAACAGCUUUGGGCCCAGGCUGUGGAGAGUGUUGAGGUAGUGAGUGCAGUGAUGUCUGGAGUGGAAGGGAGUGUGGUGGGUGGGCUCCCUCUACCCAGGCUGCCUGAGACUUUGUGCGCCAGGGUUCUGUCCAAGCUCCCAUUAUUUUUGCAUUUUUUAAAAGUCAUUAUGUGGAUGCUGAUGACUUCAGAUCUGUCUCCUGCUCUAGCCUCUUCUCGUGGGAGCCCAGCUGCCAGCAGGCCAACCCUGCCUGGUGACUCCCAGGCCCCGGAAACCCCAAGUCCACCUGCAUCUGUUGUCGGUCCGUCCACCCCACCAGCUCAGCACACAGUGGCUCCCAGACAAGCCGCCUUCACAUGCCCGAGAACUUAAAACUUCAGCCCCAUCCCGGGCCCGUCUGCAGCUCCGUCUCCCUCCCAAGGGCAUUCCAGUUGGGCUUCUCGCCUGGGAAGUCUCUGGAUGAAGUCCCUGCCUAAAGCAGCAGCUUCCCUUUCCUGCAGCCUUGCUUCCUCCCUUUGGACAUCCCUCAGCCCCUUUCAUGUUAGCAGCAAACGCCAGUCUUAAGCCCCUGCCACAGUCUGCUGCUGCAGGAGGGGAGGGGCUGGUCCUGGGCUGGGUGCUCGACUUGGUCCUCUUUUCUCUUGCACAGCUCUGGGCUCUUCCUCUUCAUCUCUUCACCUCCCGGCUUCGGCAUUACCACUCGCACAUCCGCACCAUCAUUCUUUGCCUCUCUGGAUUGCAGCAAACCUGGAGUCGCCUCUAGUGCACUUUUGAGCCAGGGCAAAGGCUGGUCCUUUCCUUCAUUGUUAUUCCCCAGCCUCUGUCCCGCCUUUCCCUCUGUUGUGUCUCUCAUCUGGUCCCUGUUGGCAACCCCAGCAGCCCCCUCCCAUGCUGCUUGGAGGAAGAGGCAGGGAGCCCAAGAAGUCCUGGCUCUUCUCAGUGUGUGGUCAGUUCACCCACUUCUGAAAGCUGGGAGCCCCUUUAAGAACCACUUGGGUAGGGGCCAGCGCCGUGGCUCACUUGGUUAAUCCUCCGCCUGCAGCGCCGGCAUCCCAUAUGAGCGCCAGGUUCUAGUCCUGGUUGCUCCUCUUCCAGUCCAGCUCUCUGCUGUGGCCUGGGAAGGCAAUGGAGGACGGCCUAAGUGUUUGGGCCCCUGCACCCGUAUGGGAGACCAGGAAGAAGCACCUGGCUCCCAACUUUGGAUCGGCGCAGUGCUGGCCAUAGCGGCCAUUUGGGGAGUGAACCAACGGAAGGAAGGUCUUUGUCUCUCUCUCACUGUCUAUGACUCUACCUGUCAAAAAAAAAAAAAAAAAAAAAGAA